UUGACCAUGACCACCAUACAUAAGCACUAGACACAAGAGUUCUCUAGCAAGUAUGGCAGGUGGAGAGCAAGAGAGAAAAGGCAUGGUGGUCCUAUACCCAUCUCCGGGCAUGGGCCAUCUAGUCUCUAUGGUGGAGCUCGGCAAGCUCAUAGUCAGCCAUGGCUUCUCGGUCACCAUCCUCAUCGUCAAGGCUCACUACAACACCGGCUCCACCGACCCUUUCAUCGCUCACGUCUCCUCUACCAACCCUUCCAUCUCCUUCCACACUCUUCAACCCCCAUCCUCCCUCCCUCCCAACCCUUCACACCACCACGAAGCCCAUGCCUAUAACCUCCUCCGCCACACCAACCCCAGCCUCCGCGCCUUCCUCCUUUCCUCUUCUCCUUGUGCUCUAAUCAUCGACUUCUUUUGCAUCUACUCCGUUGACAUGGUCAAGGAGCUCGCCAUCCCCUGCCACUGCUUCUUCACCUCCUCAGCUAGCAUCCUCGCCGUCUUCCUCAACAUCCCCGUCCUCCACGAGUCCAUCUCAAAAAGCUUUUCAGAACUCGGCAAAACCCCAGUGCAUAUCCCGGGGAUUCCUCCGUUCCCAGCUGACCACAUGAUUCUCCCCAUGCUCGAACGCGAGGACGAAGCCUACCAGGGCUUUCUUGAUACUGGACUUCAUCUCCCUGACUGUGAUGGCAUCAUAGUAAACACCUUUGAAGCUCUUGAACCAAGAGCUUUAGAAGCUAUCACUGCUGGACACUGCACUCUAGAAGGCCUGCCAACGCCACCGAUCUAUUGUAUAGGGCCGCUGAUCACUGAGGGGAGGGAGAACAUCAGCACGGUGGACUGCAUGGCGUGGCUGGACACACAACCUAAAGGUAGUGUUGUUUUCCUCUGUUUUGGUAGUCUUGGUUUGUUCACUGCAGAGCAGAUUAAGGAGAUAGCCAUUGGGCUGGAGAAAAGUGGGCAGAGGUUUCUAUGGGUUGUGAGAAGCCCUCCGAGUGAUAACCCGGCGAAGUACAUGGUCUCGCCACCGGAACCGGACCUGGACGUGCUAAUGCCGGAGGGGUUCUUGGAGAGGACUAGUGAGCGGGGGCUUGUAGUGAAGUCUUGGGCACCUCAAGUGGAGGUGCUAAGACAUGACUCGGUCGGUGGGUUUGUGACUCACUGUGGAUGGAACUCGAUCUUGGAGGGUGUGCUCGCCGGAGUGCCGAUGGUGGGGUGGCCGCAGUAUGCGGAGCAGAAGCUGAAUAUAGUAUUUUUGGAGAAGGAGCUGAAGCUGGUUGUCGCCAUGAGAGGGUAUGAUGAAGGUUUUGUGCCUGCUGAGGAAGUGGAGACACGUGUCAGGUGGCUGAUGGAGUCGGACGGAGGGAUGGAGCUCCGGAAGAGCACGCUGGCGGCGAAGGAUGCGGCCAUGGCGGCGCUUCAGGAGGGUGGCUCGUCUCGCUCCGCGCUGGCUCGGUUAGUCAGCGAGUGGACUCGGCCGAGUUAAGUGUUAGGAAACGUAAGCCACAUACAUGCACUAUGUUUAUCUCAUUCUAUUGUAUCUGGUUUGUUUUUAUUCACUCGUGUCGUUUAAUUUCUUUGCUGAAACUCUUUAUUAUUGGUUAUGAAUUGAAUGGCCACGUCGUAGAUUCGAAAAAGUUGUUCAGUGAUUUCAAUGAAUAAAGAAGGUUGAAUUUUUAUUUAUGAAA